AUGAAAAGACUGCUGGAAAGUCAGCUACACCAAAGUCGCAACGAUGCUGUCGCGCCAUCGCACAAGAAGACGCCAGAGCAGUUGCCACGUCUAACGGCCAAAGAGCAGCUUCCGCGAAGGCGCGUGUCUCCUCUCGGACGACGCCGAGUAAUUCCGCAGGAGUCGUCAGAUCCACCUAAUCAAGAUACUCACACACGUAUCGAACAAGGGAGGCUACCCAUACAGGGCUCGACAAAGAACCCUUCUUCACUAGCAGCACGCAGGGAUAGCCGGCAGAUCUUGGCCGACGACAUAGGAUUGGCCAAAUCAGGAGGCAGCUUAUCGGAUGAUGCUACGGCUUGUGGACCGAAGCCAGAGAGGGCAGCCGAGCUUUCGCAGGCGACGGAACAUUCACAAGGGACUAUGGCCAAAUCGUUCUCUGCAGCACACAAAGAUGACCCAAGCUUCGUGUCACCACAGAUAGAGCAAGCUGUAGCGGAUCCGCACGGGGCGAAGAGCAGCGAUACCGACAAUCAGCCGCCGAACAGGAAGGAGUGCCUUACUGGUUUGACUUUCGUGAUUGGCCCUAUGUCGGGCAACAUGUUUUACCAGACCAUGGAACUCGUCCGACAACACGGCGGCGCAGUACACUCUGUAACUUCGUGUGCCGAUCCCCCUAGACCGUGGUACUUUCUUCAUCGUACAGUAGUCGAAAAUAGUGUUGGUGUGUGGAGGAUGACUGGCAAGCACAGAACAAAGGGAAUCGAGGCAGAAAAGCUCGAGGAGUUUGUGAAGCGCAAGCAUGCGGAUCAUGUGAGUGAGCGGGAGACUACUGUCACACAGCCAAGGCAGGCAGCCGGUGAUACUGCUGCUUCACCUCUCAAUGAUGUCACUCCGGACCGGGGCAGGAUCAGGGAGGGCGUGCAGGCUGGUAGUGACCCAGUCAUUGUCGGCGCGACCCACAGCCGCAGUCUUCCCGCUGCGUCCUCCACAGACGCUACAUCGAAGAAGAAGCAAAGCGCAGAGAGCGUGCGAUCCAAGGACCACCCAGUCACAGUGGGCGGGACCCCUACCCUCGACGGUAGUGCCUCAUCUGGCAAGAAUACGACAACGAACGAGGGCAAUGGCAGCGCAAACGUGCAGUCUAAUGUCGAUCAAACUAUGGUUAACAAAGCUCCUGUUGUUGACAAUAGUUCGACUUUCCAUCCCAGUGUUAGUGGUAAAACGACUGCUGCAGCCGACACUCCCGACAUGGGAGACAUCCCCGCUACAAUGCGCGCCACUGUGCCAACAGCUCCAGCAAUUGCGGCUUUGCCACUCUCACAGCAUGUCGAACAUGUACUCGGCAAACAACUGGAGGAGCUCCGUGUAGAGAACGAAUACUGGACCAAAGUUGCCCUAAAGCGAGCACGACGUACUACAGAACGGCGAGGCGCCGCACAAGAUUCCCAAGACAACCCGCAACACAACAACACGCCAUUCUCCUUCGCCACCAUGAAGCCUAUCCAGCGUUUUACGGACAGUAAAGCCAAGAAACAACUUCCUAGCAGCUAA